AAAAAUAACGAUUUGGUAUUAGAUGAAUUAGAAAAAUAAUUGUGUUACUAGUUUGACGCUCCUUCUGAUCAAACCAUUACAAAUCGCCAAGUCAAAGUCCUCCUCUUCCCAUCGUCUCCUUCUUUCUCCUCUCCAUUAUUUCCACUUCUUGUUGAACCCCUCUUUCUCUCGAUCUGGGCAGAAUUUCUUUUCCAGUCGUUGUGCGUUUGGAGCAGAACUCUGAUAACCAAUCAAUCACUAUCCGAUGGCGUUGAGCACCCAAGUUAGAGGCUCCACUGGUUCUGCUUUCCCAUGGAAAUACGACGUGUUUUUGAGCUUCAGAGGCGAAGACACCCGUAAGGGCUUCACAGACCACUUAUACGACAAGUUGCAGUGGAGAGGAAUCAGGACUUUCCGGGACGACCCAGAACUUGAAAGAGGCACAACCAUCUCUCCGGAGCUCCUCUCAGCAAUCGAGCAAUCCAGGUUUGCGAUCGUCGUUCUUUCGCCACACUAUGCUUCUUCCACGUGGUGCUUGCUUGAACUCUCUAAGAUUUUAGAAUGCAUGGAAGAGAGAGAGACAAUUCUUCCAAUCUUUUAUGAGGUGGAUCCCUCUGAUGUGAGACAUCAAAGGGGCAGCUUUGCUGAAGCGUUCGAUGAACAUGAAGAGAAGCUUGGAGAAGGUAAUAAGGAGGUGGAAGGGUGGAGAGAUGCUUUAACAAAAGUAGCCAAUCUCGCUGGCUGGGCUUCAAGGGAUUAUAGGUACGAAACAGAGCUCAUGAAAGAGAUUGUGCAAGCACUGUGGAGCAAAGUGCAUCCUACUUUAACCGUAUUUGAUUCCACAGAGAAGUUAGUCGGAAUGGAUGCUAAGCUGGAGGAAAUAGAUGUUCUUUUAGAUAAAGAAGCAAAUGAUGUUCGCUUUAUAGGGAUAUGGGGGAUGGGUGGGGUGGGUAAGACCACCCUUGCUAGACUGGUGUAUGAGAAUGUCUCUGAUCAGUUUGAAGUUUGCAUCUUUCUUGCCAAUGUCAGAGAGGUCUCCGCAACCCAUGGUCUAGUUCGUCUACAGAAACAAAUUCUUUCCCAAAUCUUGAAGGAAGAAAAUGUUCAAGUUUGGGAUGUUUAUGAUGGAAUGACUAGGACAAAGAGAUGUGUAUGUAAUAAAGCAGUUCUUCUAGUUCUUGACGAUGUGGAUCAACCAGAGCAACUGAAAAACUUGGUGGGAGAAAAAGACUGGUUUGGUUUAAGGAGUAGAAUCAUCAUUACAACCAGAAAUCGACAUGUACUAGUCACCCAUGGUAUGGAAAAACCGUAUGAGGUGAGAGGAUUAAACAAAGAUGAAGCCCUUCAGCUGUUUAGUUUGAAUGCCUUCAGGAAAUAUGAGCCGGAAGAAGAUUAUGCAGAGCUCUCUGAGUGUUUCGUUAGCUAUGCCAGAGGUCUUCCUUUAGCUCUUGAAACUUUGGGGUCCUUCUUGUAUAAAAGAAGUCUGGGUGCAUGGGGUUCUGCAUUGGAAAAACUACGGAAUACUCCCAACAGAACCGUUUUUGAUUUGCUAAAAGUAAGUUAUGAUGGACUUGAUGAGAUGGAGAAGAAAAUUUUUCUGGACAUUGCAUGUUUCCACAGGCUGUACCUCAAUGAGUUUAUGAUUGAACAAGUAUACAGUUCUGACCCUUCCAAUCGUAUUACAAUAGAUGUUCUUGCUGAGAAAUCGCUCAUAACUAUUUCCUCAGACAACCAAAUAGAUAUGCAUGAUUUGAUACAAGAAAUGGGAUGUGAAAUUGUUCGCCAACAGUCUUAUGAAGAGCCGGGUGGACGCAGUCGGUUGUGGCUUCGCAACGACAUAUUUCAUGUAUUCACAAAGAAUACAGGAACAGAAGCCAUCGAAGGCAUAUUGUUAGACUUGCAUGAAUUAGAAGAGGCAGAUUGGAAUCUUGAAGCCUUAUCUAAAAUGCGUAAACUGAAGCUUCUCUACAUUCAUAAUUUGAGGCUUUCUCUUGGCCCCAAAUAUCUUCCUAAUUCCUUGAGAUUUCUGAAUUGGAGUUGGUAUCCUUCAAAAUCUCUACCACCAGGUUUUCAGCCGGCUGAACUUACUGAACUUAGUUUGGUUCAUAGCAAUAUUGAUCACCUCUGGAAUGGAAUAAAAUACUUUGGCAAGUUGAAAUCUAUCAAUCUUAGCUACUCUAUAAACUUGAUAAGGACCCCAGAUUUCACAGGUAUUCAAAACCUUGAGAAGUUGGUUCUUGAAGGUUGUACGAAUUUAGUUAAGAUUCAUCCAUCCAUUGCAUUUCUCAUGAGACUUAAAAUGUUGAACUUUAGAAACUGCAAAAGUAUUAAGAGUCUCCCCAGUAAAGUAGAAAUGGAAUCUCUUGAAACAUUUGACGUAUCUGGUUGCUCAAAUCUCAAAAUGAUUCCAGAAUUUGUGGGGCAAAAUCUUGAGAACUUGGUUCUUGAAGGUUGUACAAAUCUAAUUGAUUUUCACCCGUCAAUUGCAUUUCUCAAUAGACUCAAAACUUUGAACUUGAGAAACUGCAAGAGUAUUAAGAGUCUCCCAAGUGAAGUAGAUAUGGAAUCUCUUGAAACAUUUGAUGUAUCCGGCUGCUCAAGACUGAAAAUGAUUCCAGAAUUUGGGGGGCAAAUGAAAAGAUUAUCCAAGCUUUCUUUAAGUGGGACUGCAGUUGAGAAACUGCCUUCAUCAAUUGAGCGCUUCAGUGAGAGUUUGGAGGAGCUUGAUUUGAGUGGAAUUGUUGUUAGACAGCUGCCGUACUCCCUUUUUAUUAAGCAGAAUGUCAGAGUAUCAUCUUUUGGCUUAUUUCCAAGAAAGAGUCUUCACCCUUUGCUUCCUCUGUUAGCUUCCUUGAAGCAUUUCUCUUCUUUGACGACAUUAAAUCUGAAUGACUGUAAUCUCAGUGAAGGAGAAAUUCCCAAUGAUAUUGGUUCUCUGUCCUCCUUGAAGAAAUUGAAACUCAGAGGAAACAAUUUUGUUAGCCUUCCUGCAAGCAUUCAUUUGCUUUCUAAGCUUAAUAAGAUUAACGUGGAGAAUUGCAAAAGGCUUCAACAGUUGCCAGACCUCCCAUUAAAUGACGAAUUAAGGGUGAGAACUGACAAUUGUACGUCCUUACAAGUGUUUCCAAAUCCACGAGAUUUGUGCAGAUUAUCGCGUUUUGCUCUCUCUGGCAUCAAUUGCUUGACUGCGGUUGAUAAUCAAGAUUAUUUCUUCUAUUCAAUCCUAAAGGGGUUGCUUGAGAAAACCCCUCUUUCUACUUCUUUUGAGCGUUUCCGUUAUGUAAUUCCUGGAAGUGAAUUUUUUGAGUGGUUCACUAAUCAAAGUGUGGGAGACUCGGUAGCUGUGGAGUUACCUUCUUAUGCAUCUAAUAGCAAGUGGAUUGGGUUUGCUGUAUGUGCUCUAUUUGCACCUCAAGACAACCCGUCUGCCGUUCCAGAAGAUCGUCGUUUAGAUCCUGACCAAAGUUUAAUCAUGUGUUGGUGGAAAAGAUAUGGUGAUGGUAUGGUAGCUACUGGUUUCCGUGCAAAACAAAUUGUUUCAGAUCACCUUUUCUUAGUUGUUUUGCCCAGUCAUUUCUGGAAUCCUCGGAACUGUCAUACGGGUGAAGACGCAUUCAAUGAGGUUAAGUUUGACUUCAAAAUCACUCGAGCUGUAGGAAACAACAGAUCCAUAAAGGUUAAGAAAUGUGGGGCCCGUGCACUGUACGAGCACGACACGGAAGAGCUGAUCAGUAAAAUGAACCAAUCUAAGAGCGGCGUUUCUGUUUACGAGACUAUGGAUUGUGCUUUAGGCAAAUCAGCAUAUGAACAAGGCGGUGCCAUCGUUAAGUCAAAACGAGAGGCAACAAGCGGAAGUGGUGGUUCUGAUGACGAAUAUUUCUCUGCAGAAGAAUGAAAAAAAUUUAGAAGACACUGUCUUGCUCUGACCAUCCAGUGCCUCGAAGCGAAAAUGAAAGGCUAACAGUGCUAUUCUCAGUAUUCGUGACAAGGGAGAAGAGUGGCCUCUCGGGGAGAUGCAUGACAGGUCUGCCAUGGGCCAGUGGCGGGCAAACAAUAGAAGGGUAACAGCUAGUUCAUAUUGAUUGCUAUCUUGUGGAAGCUACAUUCGAAGAUCUGCAAGUUCAUUUUACUUGGUUUGGAUGGGUUUCAAUUUGUAUCUACCGGAGGAUGGAAGAAAACCUGUCAUGGCAGCUUUAGAUUUGUAAUAUUUGCACACUGAAGAUUCCACGCCUGUUGCCAAACUGAUGGUUUGUUGACAUGUUUGGGAGGUAUGUGCUUUUUCUGAAUGGACUGUGUUAUAGAAUAAUUAAAGUCCAUAUUGUAUAUGUGUAGUUACAGACAUACAGUCAGGAGGUUACGUAGAUAAGCGAUGCAUUUUAGAUUGACAUUAACUGGGGCUCAUUUAAGUAAAGCUGUACAGGAACCUGUGUUAUAGUACGAGAAAAUUCCUACUAGUACCCCUGGGUGGGCUUUAUAUCAAUUUCACUCCAAAUCUACAAUUCUGUCAAAGCUCUACAUUCAGGUUGUUUAAGCCAAACCGCUUACAUUGUAGACAUGUUAUGGGCAAGUUUUUAUUUUAUUUUGUUUUAUUUUUGUCCUGGUAUGUACAAAAACUAAAGGACUGUGAUCAGAUCCCAAAGCAAGUAAGAUGUCUAGGAUUUAGGAGUCAUAUAGAAGGUGGAAUAGCUUGAUGACUACUCUUUUAACGACCAACAGUGUUGAAACUAGAAGUAAAAAAUAGGUAAGAUUGCGGAUUAGCUUGUUGUUGAGAUUGAGGCAGCAGUAGUUGAUGAUCAGGCAUGUCAUGUUGAAGUGUUGGCAAGGGUGCUUCAAGCAGAAGAACCUUCACGACUUGUCCUGCUUUUGGCCUUUCCUUCUGAUUGGGGCCCAUAAUCCCACAAUCAUAAGACAUUCCAUUUCAUUUUUUCGAUAAUUCAUUUCCAUUCUCUCAUCAGCUGCAUCAAGAAGAUUUCCUGCAUUGUACAAUUUCCAAACCAACUUAAUACUGGCACAUUAUAUUAUCCAUCCUUGUAAGUUCUCCUUCCACAUGCGAUUUCCAAGGCCACAGAACUCCAAAACUAGAUAUGUCAGAUUCUUUACUGGCUUUCCCUUGGUUUGCAUACUCUGGGGUGAUGUAGCCUAAAGUGCUUACCACAUCCAUUCUAUGAGUCUUCAACCGGGAAUCCACGAGCUUAGCAAUGCCAAAGUCACCAAGCUUAGUGUUGAAAACUUGAAAUCGUUGUCCAACUAUACAUUAGCCGAUUUGAUGUCCCUGUGAAGCACACGCUGUCCUGCAUCUUCGUGUAGAUAAUGAAGAUCUGAGGUCAAGCCUAAAGCUAUUUUGUUCCUGACAUCCCACUGCAAAGAUUCUCGAUCUAUCACCGAAUAGAUGGGUGUCAAGGCUGCUGUUUGGCAUAUAUUUGUAAACAAGUAAGCAUUCGCCUUGCUUGUGACACCAUCCAAUGAAUUGCACCACAUUUCAAUGUAUUAACCGGCUAAUGAUUUUGACUUCACGGAUAAAGAUUUUUUUCAAAGUGCUUAUGAU